UAUCCCGCACAGUAUGACUGUCAGGAAAAUCCUUUAUUUUAUUAAUUUACGUCACCGUUACAUUAGUAGUUAGCAGGGAGCUAGCUGUAUAUUAUGGUAGCUGGCUAGCAAAGGUCCAUAGUAAAAACGUUUCAUUUUAUUGAAACAUGUUCAUGUUUUAAUGUUAGGUACAGCAGGUACAAUCGCUGGACGUUCUUAACUCUUCUAAACAGUAAGUAAUUACGUUGCAGAAAACCUGUUUACUUGUCUUACCAAAACAGCUAGCAUGCUAUUGAGCAUCUAAUUCAUUGAGCUUCCUCACACAGAAAUACAUAAUUUGUUUUAUUGUGCGCGUCAUUGUUGUCUCAGAAAACAUUCAGAGACCUUUAAGUGGGUCUGUAUAUUUAUGUGCCUUAAUGUGUGGCUAAUAAGUGUCUUUUUUGCAGGUGUAAUCAAGCAUAGUAUCCGAACUUCUUCUGUGGGUCAGAGCGGUCUACCUAUCCAUAUCAAAUGGAUAAUGGGGACUGGGGGCAUAGGUUGACUCACCCAGUCACCUUAAAUGUCGGAGGUCACCUCUACACGACCUCUGUCUCCACUCUUCAACGUUACCCAGAUUCCAUGCUGGGCGCCAUGUUCCGCGGCGACUUCCCCACCACACGGGACGCUCAGGGAAACUACUUCAUCGAUCGGGACGGGACGCUUUUCCGCUACAUAUUAAACUUCCUGCGCACAUCCGAGCUCACUCUUCCUGUUGACUUCAUGGAGAUGGACCUUCUGCGUAAAGAAGCUGACUUCUAUCAGAUCGAGCCUUUAAUCCAAUGCCUCAAUGACCCAAAACCUCUGUACCCACUGGAUACUUUUGAGCAGGUGGUGGAGUUGUCCAGCACCCGCAAGCUGUCUAAGUACUCGAACCCAGUAGCGGUUAUUAUCACGCAACUAACCAUAACCACCAAGGUCCACUCGCUGCUUGAGGGAAUAUCCAACAGCUUCACCAAGUGGAACAAACACAUGAUGGACACCAGAGACUGUCAGGUGUCUUUCACCUUUGGACCAUGUGACCACCAUCAAGAGGUGUCUCUAAGGGUCCACCUCAUGGACUACAUCACCAAACAGGGAUUCACGAUUCGAAACACACGGGUACACCACAUGAGUGAGCGUGCUAACGAGAACACAGUGGAGCAUCAUUGGACUUUCUGCCGGCUAGCAUAUAAAGUAGAAGACUGACAAAUUUAUGAAUGUCAAAUGUGGUUGCUGCUGUUUCCAAUGCAAUGAUUUAAUAUGUAGAAAUUCCAUUGUCAGUUGAGGCCAAGCAAAAGAAAAAGGGAAUGAAAUGUUCAAGAUUUGUUCAAAAUGAAAGCAUCAAAAUGAUAUAUGAUAUAAAUACAUAUUCAGAUGAUACUCAAGCAACGUUCAGUAAUCUAUGGACACCUUGACCAUGUAAAAAAAAAAAACAACAAAAAAAAAAACAACAACAUUGAUUCACCGGAAAAUAUGUUUCAGGUAUUCAGUCAUUCCAUCAGAUGAGAAAUCUGUCAAACAUUGUGCACUAUGUGCAACAUCAAGAUGCAUGUAUUUCUAACACAUUCUUUAAGUAUUAAAUGUCCACAUGCUGUAAAUAGAAAUAAAUUUCAUUGAUUUGUU